CCUUCUAACCUGCAGGAAAUGGGCGUGUUCACUCUCCACAUGGCUGCUGCAAAGUAAGAACUACCAAAAGCUAUUGAACAGUCUCUUCAUCUUUACACACAUGCAAUCAGCACAUGCAAUCAGCACAUGCUAGAUGGAGACCCCCCACCCAGACAAGAUAGAUCGCUCUUUAUUCCCAGAAUGUCUCUUCGAAAAUGGCGAAGACCUCUCCAAACCCAUUAACACCGUGCGAGACAAAUGGAAACUGCUGCCGGCCUUCCUCAAAGUGAAAGGCCUCGUGAAACAGCACAUCGAUUCGUUUAACUACUUUAUAAACGUCGAGAUCAAGAAGAUUAUGAAAGCAAAUGAGAUGGUGACGUCGAUUGCUGACCCUAAUUUUUACCUCAAGUACCUCAAUAUAUCCGUGGGUAACCCAGACGUAGAGGAGUCGUUCAACGUAACCAAACCCAUAUCCCCUCACGAGUGUCGUCUCCGAGACAUGGCCUACGCUGCUCCAAUCACAGUCGAUAUUGAGUACACCCGAGGAACGCAGAGAGUCAUUCGCAAGGCUCUCCCCAUUGGACGAAUGCCCAUCAUGCUCAGGAGCUCCAAUUGUAUCUUGACAGGGAAGUCACCUAAAGAGUUGGCAAAGCUGAACGAGUGCCCGAUUGAUCCAGGAGGUUAUUUUGUUGUGCGAGGAGUUGAAAAAGUCAUUCUCAUUCAAGAGCAGCUCUCAAAGAAUCGUAUGAUUGUCGAUGUUGAUAGAAAGGGUGUAGUCGAGUGCUCUGUAACUAGUUCCACACACGAGCGAAAGAGUCGCACAAAUCUCAUCUCCAAGGGCGGCAGAUACUACCUUAAGCACAACUCCUUUGCUGAGAACAUACCAGUUGUUGUCCUUUUCAAAGCCAUGGGUGUUGUUUCUGAUCAAGAAAUUGUUCAACUAGUCGGAAGUGGCGAAGACAUUCUUUCGUCGUUUGCUCCCUCUCUCGAAGAAUGUGCCAACCUGAAGGUGUUCACUCAAAUGCAAGCUCUGCAGUAUCUCGGUGGAAAAGCAAGACGCACGGCUUGGUCGAAGCACAAGUCCAAGGUUGAUGAAGCCGUGGACAUUUUGGCAGGAGUUGUGUUGGCUCAUGUUCCGGUGGUUAAGUACAACUUUCGGAUGAAGUGUGUGUACCUGGCGCUCAUGUUGCGGAGGGUGAUCGAGGCCCAGGAGGAUAAAGUGCGAUUGGACGACAGGGAUUACUAUGGCAACAAGAGGCUUGAGCUCGCUGGUCAGCUUGUGGCAUUGCUCUUUGAAGAUCUAUUCAAGAAGUUUAAUUCAGAGCUACAAAGAAUUGCUGAUCAGAUUAUCCCUAAGCAACGUACACAAGUCUUCGACAUAGUACGCCACAUGCGUCAGGAUCAAAUUACCAACGGUCUAGCUAACGCCAUCUCCACUGGCAACUGGUCUGUCAAGCGGUUCAAAAUGGAUCGUUCUGGAGUCACUCAAGUACUCACACGUCUCUCUUUCAUCUCCGCUCUCGGUCACAUGACCAGGAUAUCCAGUCAGUUUGAAAAAACGCGUAAAGUGAGUGGACCUCGAUCUCUUCAACCCUCACAAUGGGGCAUGCUCUGCCCAUCAGACACUCCCGAAGGAGAAGCUUGCGGUCUUGUGAAAAACCUGGCUCUCAUGACUCACAUCACCACCGAUCAAGAGGAGGGUCCAAUUCAACGAUUGGCGUUUAACCUCGGCGUUGAAGAUAUCCAGUAUCUGUCUGGAGAGGAACUGAGUCUUCCCUCGGUGUACAUUGUCUUUCUGAACGGGAACAUUCUAGGCGUGAUUACGGACUAUCAGCGCCUCAUUCGCAUGUUUAGACUCAUGAGACGAUCUGGUCGACUUAACGAAUUUGUUUCAAUAUGCCCCAAUCAUCGACAGAGGUGUGUGUUCAUAGCGUCCGAUGGUGGGCGUGUCUGUAGGCCGUACAUUAUUGUGGAGAACUGGAAGCCGCGUGUGACAGAGGGUCACAUUAAAAUGCUCUCUAAUGGAAUGGAAUUUGAAGAUUUCCUCCGUCAAGGCCUGGUGGAGUAUCUCGAUGUGAAUGAGGAAAACGAUUGCAAUAUCGCCUUGUAUGAGUCUGAGAUUUACGAGGGCACAACUCAUCUCGAGAUAGAGCCGUUCACGAUUCUGGGUGUGUGUGCUGGUCUCAUCCCAUACCCCCACCACAAUCAGUCACCACGAAACACCUAUCAGUGUGCUAUGGGCAAGCAAGCCAUGGGUACCAUUGCCUACAACCAACUCAAUCGUAUCGACACGAUCAUGUACCUACUCGUGUACCCCCAAGCUCCCCUCGUCAAAUCGAAAACGAUCGACUUGAUACAGUUUGAUAAAUUGCCAGCCGGUCAAAACGCCUCCGUUGCAGUCAUGAGUUACAGUGGUUACGACAUUGAAGAUGCUCUCAUUCUCAACAAGUCCUCUCUCGAUCGUGGCUUUGGUCGAUGCCUUGUCUAUCGUAAGCAGACGUGCUCACUGAAACGCUAUGCCAACCAGACGUACGAUCGAAUUAUGGGUCCGAGUCGAGAAGCAGAUACGGGGAAGCCAAUCUGGAGACAUUCCGUUCUGGACCAGGAUGGAAUUUGUGCACCCGGAGAGAGAAUCCAAAACAAGCAAAUCCUGGUGAACAAAUCUGUGCCCCUUGCCACACAGUCAAUGCAGCAGCAGACGCCUGGUACUCUGGAGUACAAAGAUACACCACAGUCGUACAAGGGACCCACUGAGGCCUCCAUGGAGCGUGUACUCAUCACCUCAAACACUGAAGAGUCGUACCUCAUCAAGAUGCUCCUUCGAUCUACUAGGAGGCCGGAACUUGGAGACAAGUUUAGCAGUCGACACGGACAGAAGGGAGUGUGUGGGAUGAUUGCCAAUCAAGAGGACAUGCCUUUCAAUGAUCUUGGGAUCUGUCCUGACAUAGUCAUGAAUCCCCACGGCUUCCCCUCUCGUAUGACAGUGGGGAAACUCAUUGAACUGCUUGCCGGAAAAGCUGGUGUUCUCGAUGGAAAGUUUCAUUACGGUACUGCGUUUGGUGGAGACAAAGUAGAGGAUAUAUCUGCUGACCUCAUUCGUUACGGCUUCAAUUACGCUGGGAAGGACUACCUCACCUCAGGAAUCACUGGAGAGCCUCUAAGUGUGUACGUUUUCUUUGGCCCGGUUUACUACCAGAAGCUGAAGCAUAUGGUGUUGGACAAGAUGCACGCUCGCUCUAAAGGCCCACGUGCUGUUCUGACGAGGCAACCGACGGAAGGACGCUCGAGGGAGGGUGGUCUACGUCUGGGCGAGAUGGAGAGGGACUGUUUGAUUGGAUACGGGGCCAGCAUGCUCCUCCUCGAGAGACUCAUGAUUUCCAGUGACAGCUUUGAGGUCGACGUGUGUGGCAAGUGUGGACUGCUCGGAUAUUCAGGAUGGUGCCAUUACUGUAAGUCGUCUGGUGAGAUCUCAUCACUCAAGAUACCCUAUGCUUGCAAGCUUCUCUUUCAAGAGCUCCAGUCUAUGAACAUUGUUCCCCGUAUCUCACUCACUAACUACAUGGACUAAUCACAUGCCAUAUUAGUUACUUGAAUCCAUUCAUUUGUACUUAUAAUCCCUAGAAUUUUUUUGCUCAUAAUUAUGUGAUCAUGUGUUCAACAAAUAUUUAUUUAUCAAAAUAAUUGCUGUUGUUUUUUCUUUGA